GAAAUAACAAAUAAUAAUCGCUGUCGUACAAAUCGCAGAAUGAGUUCUACUAUGACGGACCAACGGCGAAAUCUCCCCGCAAACCUCUAAGGAACAACUUUAGCUGGCGAGGAAUGGCGGUAUCUCAUGAGCGGCGAGGAGCUGUACGAUGUCGAGGAGAUCUUUCCAGAGGCGUUUAAAGAUAUUUGGCUGCAAAAGACAUCGGAGUGGUGGAAGGCCUCGGAUGUCCCGCUCGCACACCCAUGACCUAUUGAACCAUCUCAGAACGUCGCUAAAGUUUGGCAAACUUCCCUGGCGCCUGCCACUCCAACUUUCGAAUUGGGUCUACUCUCAGAUACCUCAAGCUGCCGCCGCUGGAUGAUAUCAGGUUGAAAAUAGAGAGCGCUUACCUUACCUUACCUGGCGUCAACAGCGCCAUUACUGAAAGCUUCGCGAUGAUAAACAGCAGGAAUUUCUUCAGCAUCCGAAGAAGAAUUGAGUGGAUGCUCCCCGUCUCGGUACGGAUAUACCGUAUAUAAAAGAGACUUUUCAAAAAUACAUUACUUUACAAAUGUGAACAAUACUAGCAGUUGGGAGCUUGGCGUGAAAAUCCAUGCAAAACUAACCCUAUGUUAUAAUUAUAGAGCAGAUCGAGUAUCCGAAGUAUAUGGUAUUUAUACCAGUUUCCGAUUUCAUGCUAGAAACUGAAAAUUUGGAACAUGGACUCUACAACUUCGGAGAUGGGUUGUUUCGGGAUGAGGAUGGAGUAUGGUUUGAUGACGGGGAGGUUGAACGGGCUGAGGAUGGAGUAUGGUUUGAUGACGGGGAGGUUGAACGGGCUGAGGAUGGAGUAUGGUUUGAUGACGGGGAGGUUGAACGGGCUGAGGAUGGAGUAUGGUUUGAUGACGGGGAGGUUGAACGGGCUGAGGAUGGAGUAUGGUUUGAUGACGGUGAGGUUGAACGGGCUGAAGGCCUAGAUGAGUCAGUCUGGCUUGGUGAAGAUGGGGAAAUGUAUCGCAAAAGGGUAGAUGGAGUGUUUGACGGAAGAGUUCAAAAGAUGAGAUACAUGGCUGCAGUUGGUUUAUUUGUUGUUGAAUGGAAGCCAGGCCUGGAUGGCGAACCAGAACAUGCAAGAUUCUCGUGUCUCAACAUAUGUUGCUACUGUACUGUGAUAUGUACAGUGCAGUGUGUCAUAUAUAUGGUACCGUUUUCCGUACAGCACCAAAACCACUACAUACUGUACUGUAAUAAAUUUAGUACCGUAGAAGUUAUGCCACCAAGAGAGAUGCGGUACCGUAAAAGACAUCGUACUGUGAUAUUUACAGUCCAAAUAACAAAGACUACAGCCUUAUAUCAGUAAAAGGCGAAUCGCGCGUCGCCAACUUUUUGCUUACCAGAGCCCGCUUAAAAGAGAUAGGUAACUCUUUUAAGCGGGCUCCACUUCCAAAAUCAUAUCAGAGCAAGCUCGCUGGUUUCAAACAACAAGCUGGCUCAACAACUUUGUCAGCCGCUGUCAAGUUGAACCUGGACACCAUCGACGAACUACAGGCCAUGAUCAAUGAGGAUCCAGAAGUUGAUAUGCUUUCACGAUUUCCCAAGAACUAUACUAUUGUAAGAGAGAGACGAGGACAUCGGUGGCAAAGGAAAAGGCUACCCGAGAAGACCGAGAAGAGACAGCCGGAUGACGUCCUAAGACAUUCAACCGAGCGGUCUCGGCUACCGUUGAAUUACCGUUGUCCAAUGCAGUUACCAGGUUGCUUGCUACGCAUAUGAAGUCCAUAACCGAUUCUAUGAAUCCCGGCGAAUCGCUUGCACAUUCGUUGAAGCUCCUAUUCCAGAUUCGUACGACACUAACUGCGAAGUCUGCCGCCUUACCCAUGCUACAA